GAGUGAACGCGGCCGAUGACGGUCAGUCAACAAAACUUUAUAAUUCGAACGAAACUCGCGAACGGAUCGGAUUGCGCGUCGCGUCGUAAAAAUUCCCGGCUCUCGCUAGAAUAUCAUAAACAAAAGUUUCUCGACCGUGUUUCUCAUUCUUUCACGACAAAACGUGCGAGCGAAUGUUCUAAGAAAUUUAACGGUGUUGCCAGGUGUUACCCAGGUGAAUGUGACCGUUUAGUGCUGCGUUACCUGGGACUUACCUGAAGGGACAAAUCCACGGAGGGAUAGCAUUGAAAUUUGGAGGCCUGACCGUUCCCGUCUACACCGCGAUCGACGACAAACAAGCCUUUCCCAAUAAUCGUAAAUUCAAGUGCAGUGACAGUCGAGUCUCGGGAUUUCGAACAUACGCGAUUUAUCAUUAUCGACGAUCGUCGCGUUGUGUACAGUGUGUCCUGUAGAUAUCUGAAAUCCCUCCUUCGUACACCGUCGCGCGAUUUCAUUAAAAAAUCAUCUACUAUCCGACGCGUUCGUGACAGUUCCUCCUGUAAUUGUUGCCUCUGUCGCGUAACGUGUCGUCAGAAUGAUUCGCACGCGUUCUCGCGUAACCAUGAGAAAGAAGUGCGGAAUACGACGGUGAGAACCGUACGACGGGGAUCAUCCGGCGUCGCGUAAAAUGUAAUUUGACAAUGGAAGUCUUUGGCCUCGACGCGUCGAUCUGAGAAGAAACGAGCGAAGACCGAUCGAGCGUAUAGGAAAUCGAAUGGAAGGCUCGGCGCUGAUGCUACUCGAUCCCGAUCGUCAGUAUUUUCCCGAAAGGUGGAGGGACCGCGAGUGCAAGUAAGAGGAAUGUUGUCUCGCAGGUGUAGGUCGUAAUGGUCUUCCGUUACGCCUGCCGUAAGAAAACGCGAUCGGGGCUGGGACUCGCCACGUGAACUCGACAAUGCGGAGAUCGCUUUUGAGAAUUGUUUGUACUGCUCCGCGUGGCUCGGGACCCGCGGCGAUUCGUGCAUGACGUUUUCGCAGUGAAGUGCAAUCGUGCCAGAGAGCGGUUAGGCAACAGAAUUCGCCAACUACCAUGGAGAUACCGCGGAGAAAUGCGUCGGUGGACCUGUCGACCUUCCUGAGCACGAGGACGCGGAUUCUGUUUGCCGCUGUCUAUUUCAUCUGGAUCGCUGGCAGCGCCUGCGCCACUGAAGUUCUGCAGGAGCCGCGGUUCACCAUUCAGCCAUCCAACAGCGGCAAUAUCCUCAUCGAAAAUGGAACGAAAUUUCUGGAGUGUCAAGCGAGGGGAUACCCUCAACCAAAGCACAAGUGGUUCAAGGAUGGCGUGGCCAUUACCAACGAGUUUACCUCCGAGCCUUAUUUUCGAAUUCAAGGCACACGCAGGGAGGACGCAGGACUCUAUUACUGCGUGGCCAUGAACGAAGUGGGCUCUAUAUUUAGCGAAAGAAUUACGGUUACGGUAGCGUAUAUGGAAGCGUUCAAGGACCUCACGGAAAGGAUAGUGACCGUGAAAUCAGGCAGCGCAGCUGUGUUGACACUGCCACCGGUUGAGAGUUAUCCUGCACCUGCUGUCAACUGGUUCAUUUCCGACAGAUCGCUGUACGGUAUCAAGUAUGCAGCUGUUAAUAACUCUCUGUACAUAUUGAACGCUUCCGAGAGCGACCAGGGCCUGUACAGAGCCGGUCUCAUCAACGCGCGAUUAGGCAAAGAUGAGAACAGUCCAUUCUUCAAGCUGCAGGUCACUGGAGAUCCAAACACAGAAGUAGCGCCCACCAUCAUAGUGAAACCACAGGACACUAUAAUAAUCAAAGAUCAUUUGGCUACUUAUCUUUAUUGCAUAGCAAACGCGAGAUCUCUUCACGAGCUAAAAACCCUAUGGAUGAAAGACGGGAUUCCCAUUGAGAACUCAAGGAUAUCGUACAGCUUCUACGAUUCUUGGAAUAGGACCCUAACGUUGAUAUCAGCGAACAUAACUUACACAGGUGUCUACUCUUGUCAUGUGAAGUUAAGGAGCGGCGGAUAUCCUGUCUUGAACGCUAGUGCGAAAGUUGUUGUGUACGAGAAGCCAAUGUUCAUGCCGGAACUGAAAAAAGAGACUCUGAGCGACUACGGUUCAGUGGUGACACUGCCGUGCGAUGCUGUCGGCGUUCCUACACCCAAUAUCACUUGGUUUCGCAAUGCUGAGCCUGUGGACCAUCUUCUUGGAUCCAGGUACGCGAUGGAAGAAGAUGGUUCUCUGACUAUUAAAAAACUGACCAUGAGCGAUUCAGGCAUGUUUCAAUGCCUCGCUGUCAAUGAAGCCGGCGAGGCAUCUAGUUACACCUGGCUGAAGGCUAAAAAAGGAUUAGAAAGCAGACUGAAAAACAGAGUUGCCCGCUGGGCAGCUGGCUACAAUGUAGUCAGAGUACGCCAAUCUGAUCGCCGUUUUAUGUUCUCUCAAUAUCCAGACACAUCUGGACCGGUCAUGGAGAAUGCUCCUCAGAAUUUAACAAUAUUAGAUGGGAAAGACGCGACUUUAUCAUGCUAUGCCGUGGCAGCUCCAGUACCUAACACUACUUGGAUUUACAAUGAUACAAUUCCCGUGGAGAUUGCCGGAAGAGUACAGGUUUUAGAUAACGGGGAUCUUUUAAUUGCCGCUGUGAAGCCAAAUGACGCUGGAAAAUACACUUGCAUCAGAGCCAAUGAAGCUGGCUCUGUAAAUGGCUCCGCGUUCCUUACGGUUUUGGUGCGAACGCAGAUUGUCCAACCACCUGUUGAUACCUCUGUGCUCCUUGGGUACACUGCAGAACUGCAGUGCAAAGUUUCAAACGAUCCGAGCGUUUUGUUCGAUAUAGCCUGGUUCCACAAUUCACAAGUAAUAAACACACAAGCCAGUCAAAGGGUGAAGAUGCGCAGUGACGGAACGUUGGAGAUAGUUGCUGUUAGAGCAUCGGACGUAGGCGAGUACAUGUGUUCAGUAGUAUCUCCUGGAGGAAAUGAGACUCGAUCUGCCCGUCUUAGCGUCAUUGAACUGCCUUUUGCACCGAUCAAUGUCAUGGCCAGCCGAGUGGAGAAGAUAUCUCCACGCACUAUAAACGUUAGCUGGGUCCCAGGCUUCGAUGGAAACAGUCCAACUAAGAAAUUCAUCAUUCAGAGGAGAGAAGUCUCCGAUCUUGGACCCAUCCCCGACAACGCACUGAAUUGGAUCACCGAGAACGACAAUGUCUCCGCGCAGAGCCGUUGGGUAUUGCUGAACAAUCUAAAAGCAGCCGCUGCUUAUCAAUUCAGAGUCAGUGCGGAGAAUAGUGUUGGCGAAGGACCACCUUCUGAUCCGAGCAACGUGGUGGCUCUACCUCAAGAACCUCCAAGUGGACCGCCAGUAGGAUUUGUCGGUUCAGCCAGAUCCUCUUCAGAGAUAAUAACACAGUGGCAGCUUCCUCUGGAGGAAUAUCGAAACGGCCAUAUUUUAGGAUACAUAUUAAGAUACAGACUAUUUGGUUACAACGAAAGUCCUUGGACCAUACAGAAUAUCACCAACGAAGCUCAACGAAACUAUCUGAUCACUGAUUUAAUUACAUGGAAGGAUUACAUCGUACAAAUAGCAGCUUACAACGAUAAGGGUGUCGGCAUAUUUACGGAGGGUUUGAAGAUCAAAACUAAAGAAGGAGUGCCCGAAGCUCCGCCGACUAACGUGAGAGCGAAGGCUAUGAAUUCGACGGCGAUCAAGGUUUGGUGGAAGCCUCCGAAUCCUCAGAAGAUCAAUGGCAUCAACCAGGGCUACAAAUUGCAAGCCUGGAUCGGUGGGAACUUCACUGAGGCGAACGAGUAUAAGUCAAUGACUGUGCCUCCUAGCUUAUUCGAUCCUCUCGCGGAACAGAGUGCUGUUAUGACUGGUUUAAAGAAAUACACCGUGUACAACGUUACUGUAUUGUGCUUCACUGAUCCGGGCGAUGGUGAAAAAAGUACACCGUACAAAAUUCGCACGCGCGAAGAUGUACCUGAAGAAGUAGAAAAUUUACAGUUCGAGGACAUCAGUGAUCGCUCGCUCACCGUUAAAUGGAGUGCUCCGCAAGAGAUCAACGGGAACCUCACAUGUUACCAGUUGACGUACAUGAUCAAAGAUGUGCCGGACUCGUUGAAGGCCGAUAACUAUACAGCCGACAUUCUGUCUGCUAAAAUCGAGCAUCUUCAGGCAAUGACUCAUUACAGGUUUGAAGUGGUUGCUUGGACUUCGGUGGGUCCUGGCAAGCCAAAGGUCGCCAUCAUUCAAUCAGGCGUUGAACCUGUCCUGCCAGAACCACCUACAAAAUUAGCACUAUCGAAUAUAGACGCGUUCUCUGUGGUACUUCAGUUCACUCCCGGUUUCGACGGCAACUCAUCCAUAACCAAAUGGACUGUGCAAGCACAGACUACUAGAAAUACCACGUGGUACAAUAUUUACGAAGUCUCAGACCCUGAUGCUAGUACAAUUACCGUGGGCGGCCUGACACCUUUUAUGCAAUAUAAACUAAGACUGAUUGCUAAUAACGUUGUCGGUGCUUCUCAACCAUCGGAGCCAACGAAGGAGUUCCAAACGAUUCAAGCACCACCGUCUCACCCUCCCAGAAAUGUUACUGUUCGCGCCAUGAGCGCUACGGAAUUGCGCGUUAGGUGGAUUCCACUGCAACAGAUAGAAUGGUACGGUAACCCGAGAGGGUACAACGUCACUUACACAGAAGUAAGAACGAAUAAGUCGAGAAGCAUAACUAUAGACGACCACACGGCAAACUCUUAUGUGUUAGAAAAUAUGGAAGAGUACGCUCUCUACGAGGUUGUAAUGCAAGCGUUUAACGACGUUGGGUCUUCUACGGUAAGCCCUAAAGCCAUUGAGAGGACUCGAGAAGCAGUUCCUUCAAUGGGUCCCAUCAAUGUAGAAGCAAACGCGACCUCUUCUACGACUAUACUAGUAAAAUGGGGUGAUGUUCCCAUAGAGCAUCAAAACGGACAAAUAGAAGGGUUCAAAGUCUACUACGGCGCAAAUGCUAGAUCUGCAUUCCAAUACAAAAACAUUCCAAGUAAUACUACUUUUACGACCACUUUAACAGAGCUUAGGAAGUUUGUCCAAUACCAUGUACAAGUAUUAGCUUAUACGAGACUUGGCGAUGGCACAUUGAGCACCCCUCCUGUAAGAGUACAAACGUUUGAAGAUGCUCCGGGACCUCCAUCGAAUGUAUCAUUCCCUGAUGUAAGUUUCACUACUGCCCGCAUUAUUUGGGAUACACCGGAAGACCCGAACGGAGAGAUCUUAGCGUACAAAGUUAUGUUCCAUUUAAAUAGUAGUCAGGAUCAUCAAUUUUCCAAAGAAUUCCCUGCGUCCGAUCGAACUUUUAGAGCCACUAGUCUGGAGCCAGAGAAGUAUUACAUGUUUUCUGUGACAGCGCAGACAAGGUUGGGCUGGGGUAAAACAGCGUACGCCCUUGUUUUCACUACAAACAACAGGGAACGGCCUCAGGCGCCAUCGAUGCCUCAAGUCAGCAGAUCUCAAGUACAAAGUCGGCAAAUUACAUUCUCUUGGACACCUGGACGCGAUGGAUUUGCACCGCUGCGUUACUAUACGGUGCAACAAUCGGAAAAUUCUGGACCGUUUCAAACAAUUCCUGAAAGAGUGGAGCCAACGUUAACGUCUUACACAGCGAAUAAUCUGAAACCGUUUACACUUUAUCAGUUCAGAAUACAGGCUACCAACGACAUAGGUCCAUCGACUUGGAGUACAGAGUCCAUUGAGGUUCAAACUUUACCAGCAGCUCCUUCUCGUGGUGUCAGCGGCCUGAAAGUUGUACCGAUAACAACAUCCAGUAUAGAAGUCCACUGGAACGCUAUAGAUGAAGUAUAUUGGAGCGGGGAUCAUGCUACAGGUGGCUACCGAGUCAUCUAUCAACCAGUUUCCGAUUUCCCGACUGCUCUUCAGGAUACACCGAAAGAAGAAAUUCUAGGAAUAAAAGCUACAAAAAUUGUGCUAAGUGACCUAACCGAGGACAGGUAUUACGAAGUCGUUGUACUACCAUUCAACUCUGAAGGGGAAGGUCCUUCAAGUCCUCCAGUGACCGUGUACGUUGGAGAAGCAGUUCCAACUGGAGAACCGCAACAUUUAAAAGCCGAACCAAUUUCAUCGACAGAAGUACUUUUACGGUGGAAACCACCGCAAGCUAAUAUGCAGAACGGAGACCUAUUAGGAUACAAAAUCUUUUAUCUGGUAACCGACUCCCCUCAAGAAUUAGAGAACAAACUAGAGGAGGAAAUUGAAGUUGUACCGGCUUCCUAUUUAACGCAUAGUUUAGUUUUCCUGGACAAAUACACGGAGUAUCGCAUUCAAGUGUUAGCGUUUAAUCCUGCUGGUGAUGGUCCUAGAUCUCCACCAAUCACUGUCAGAACCAAACAGGAUAUACCGGGACCACCUCACAAUCUCCAGUUCUCAGAGAUAACAAUGACCAGUCUGCGUGUCUCUUGGGAAGCGCCGAAAUCACGGAACGGUGAAAUAGUUGGUUACAUAGUCACUUAUGAAACUGCAGAGCAAAAUGACCGUUUCAGUAAACAAGUUAAGCAGAAGGUAACAGAGACUAGUUUGUUGAUCCAACCUCUCGAAGAGGAGGAAACGUAUACCUUCAUGGUUCGGGCUCAGACCAUUGACUUUGGGCCACCCAUAUCAGGAAAUGUCACUACGGGACCACAAGAAGGUUCACCAGUGGCACCUACCAAUCUUGCUGUCACCAAGACAGUGUCUAGCGUUGAAUUACAAUGGACUAAUGGUGCUUCCGGAAAAGGACCUAUUUUAGGAUAUUACAUUGAAACACGUCGGAAAGCGAUGGAAGAGUGGCAGCAUUAUGACAGUCGUUGGCAGACAAUAGUGCGCAGCAGUAAUGGACCAUUGACAGAAUAUUCGAUAUCUUAUCAAAAUCUGCUUCCAUCUACGUCAUAUCUCUUUAGAGUGAUAUCGUACAACCGCUAUGGGAUUAGCUAUCCAGCGUAUUCGACGGAAACGAUAUUAACUCCUUCGAAGCUAUAUCUUGAAUAUGCAUAUCUACAACACAGACCAUUCUACAGGCAAACAUGGUUCAUGGUAACUUUAGCUGCAGCCUCGAUUAUAAUCAUCAUAAUGGUAAUAGCGGUGCUAUGCGUGAAAAGUAAAAGUUACAAAUAUAAACAAGAAGCACAAAAGACACUAGAGGAGUCCAUGGCGAUGGAUACAGACGAUAGACAAGAGUCUGAUUUAGAGCUUUACAGAUCAAGGCAAGGAGGCGGUGCCAUCAAUAUGGGCAAUGCUUGCGGUACCUUGGGCAAAAGGAGCACUUUGGCAAGGAAGUCCAUGCAUCCACCUCCUCCUACAAUGUUAGGUAAAUCACCUCCCAGGCCCUCGCCAGCGUCAGUCGCUUAUCACAGCGAUGAGGAGAGUCUAAAGGGUUACGAUGAGAAUCCUGAUGACAGUAGUGUUACAGAAAAACCUUCCGAAAUUAGUUCGACAGAUUCACAGGGAUCUGAAAGUGAGAAUGAAAGUGUCCAGUCGGACCCACAUUCCUUUGUGAAUCAUUACGCUAACGUGAAUGAUUCUUUAAGACAGUCGUGGAAGCGACAGAAACCAGUUAGGAAUUAUUCGUCGUACACCGACUCCGAGCCCGAAGGCAGUGCCGUUGUCAGCUUGAACGGAGGUCAAAUUAUUAUGAAUAAUAUGGCGAGGUCGAGAGCGCCUUUGCCCGGUUUUUCGUCGUUCGUAUAAAUGAUUUUUAAUACUGAGGACAUAAAGCUUUUAUUAAGUAGAUAGGGUGCCGGUAUAGCGUAACAAUAAUGUUCGAAAUCGUUACGCGAGGGACUAAGUUAGGACGAAGUUGUGCCGGACGCGGGAUCGGUUACGGUAAUUCGAAGUUAAAAAUUGUUGCUAUAGAAGAGAAAUUUUGAAAUCGAUAUAUACACGAAGAGAGACUGGUUUGUUAAAAUUUUGGUCGUUCCCGUAGGGUAAAAAAUAUAGAUUGGUAGAACUUUUGAUAACUCUCGGCACUGGAAUGAACACACACAUACCCACACAGAGUUAAAGACUUAUGUUGAAACACGUGUUCACGAGUGUUUCACACACGCUAACACUUCGGAUAGUAAUUUUAAAUGCUUUUGGCACCACCAUGUUGUGAUAUAUUGAGAUACAUAUUAUUUAUAAUGCUAGUUAAGAUCAUAUUGUGUAUAAUGAAUAUUUUUUACUUUUAUUAAGUGAAUCUGAAUCAGAGUUGUUGCACGGAUCUCUAAAUAUAAUGCAAAUAAUUGCAUUCUUUUAACUGUAAGAGGAACACUGUUCUAAGCCAUCUAUUGAAUGUAUUCGAAAAAAGAAGACGGUAGAGUAAAUAUUAUUAACUGAACAAGGAAUGGCAUGGUAAGGAAAAUUGCCAGGAAUCAUCGAAUAAUUAUAAAAAUUGAAAAGAAACAAUAUUUUGAAUACUAAAUUAAUAUGAUGAACGGGAAAUCCAAUUGCAAUUCCUGUUUAAAGCUUUCCAAUAUACAUUGAAAAGAAAAAGAUUUUCGUUUAAUAUUUCUAAUGCAGAAUAUCGAAUAGAAGAAAAAUUAUAAAGUAUAAGAAAUCAACGUAGAUUUAUAAUAGAUUAUUCACAAUCAGGCCUAUCAUAUCAUUUUUUUAAGGACUUUCAUUUUUACUGAAGAUAUCCGAGUCUGAUAAAUAUUGUACUGAAUAAAUAGUAAAAAAACACGGAUGUUUAUGCAGGAUGCGACUGCGCGUGCAUUUCUAAGUAUUUAUAAGGGACUUCUUAUUAUAAUAUAUACUGUAUAUAAAAAACUUAUAUUAACUACGAAUUAGUGAUAUAUACUGAUACGACAACUGUACACUUAGUGUACAGCUUCGACAAUGUUAGGACAAAAUAUCAUGCUGAAUAAUCGAUAGGUAACGUAUAAUUUAUCUUUUCUUGGAAUAGAUACUUAUCAGCUAUUUUCAUUAUUUUUUUAAAUCUUGAAAAAAGCAUUCUGGCUUUAAUAUCAUUGCGUAUGUUUUAUACGCAACUGGUUCAACAUUCAGCAAUAAUAUUAAUUCAUCUGUAGCAUAUAAUACCAUACAUACAGUAUUGCAAAACAUCAUCAUACCCAGUUCUACUUGAUUUAGAACAGCUACUUUUUUUUUUACCACAAAAGAUUUGACUCACCGUCAUUACUCUUCCAUAGACGAAAAACAUACUACGAUUGAAAAGCAUUUCAGACUGAUAUUGAUACAUAUAUGAAAUGUUUUUCUUUGUUUAGUAUCAAUUUUAUAAUAAGUAACAAUACACAAAGAAAAUAUACAUGACAUUUCAUAAUGCUAGAAAAGAAAGAUAAAUUAUGAGAAAUAUUCUUCUGUGACAAUAUGCAGUGAAAUUUAGAAAUUCGUUACGAACAAUAUACAUUGUGUUGAAAAUAUAAGAUUAUGAUUAAUGAUUCAGUGGCAGCUAUGAUUAAAAAUUGAUAAAUUAUCCUUAAAAUUAACGUUGAAAGUUGAAUAAUUUUGAUAACGAUCGUAGGAUGAGAUUAACAUGUGUCAUAAGCUAGACAGCAAGUUUGUAUUUUGGACGCGUCGUUCUAUAAGUUGAAAGACUUGCUUUCUAGUUUCAGUUAAUUAUAGCGUUAAUUUUACUAUUUGUUAGUAUUUGUCGUCAUUACCGUCCUGUGUCAUAACAAAGUAACUUUUUUAUUCCGAAAAAUCUCUACAACACUGCCAAUAAAUACUUUAGUUGAAGAAUGAAAAUAGUUCAUACAUUUCUAUGUACCGAUAGCAUAUUUAAUCAAAGCGCAUUCGAAGCAUAAUAUACAUGUACGAGAUAUUUCAAAUACAUGUUAAUCUUUUAAUAAAAUUUAUGCAAUUUUA